AUGACAGAGACUGAGAAGAAAUUUGCCUUAGACGCGAUACAUUUCUUCAAAGUAAUGAGCUUCGAGACUUUUGUCGACGCUUUGAGCAGCAAACCCUUACAGGUUUACACCAAAGCUUUGCUCGAACAGACCAAUUUUCAGCUAUUCUUUCUAAACAGAGAGCACUUCAUUUUCCAAUGGGUAGACAACUCGAUGGGCUUCAAUGGGAACUCCAAAGAGAUGCUACAUUGA